AUGAAGCGGCGAGUGGAGGAACAGGAAUCGCCCGUCUAUGCGUCCCAGCAGAGACGCAUCGCCAGCAGCGCCGAACCCUUCCAGCACCAACAUCGCGUGCUCGCUCCGGCCCCCCCUGUAUAUGAAUCUGUUUCGGAGACCAUGCAAUCCGCUACCGGGAUCCAGUACUCGGUCACUCCCAGCUACCAGGUGUCCACGGUUCCUCAGAGUUCCAACAGCCAUGGACCCACCUUAGCCACCGUCCACAGCGGGCACCACCACCCCACCCCUGUCCAGCCUCACGGGAGCCAAGUGGCGCAGAGCCACGCUCACCCGACUCCGCCAGCAGCGCCAGUCCAGGGGCAGCAGCAGUUCCAGAGGCUGAAGGUGGAAGAUGCUCUUUCCUACCUUGACCAGGUGAAGUUGCAAUUUGGUAGCCAACCUCAAGUCUACAAUGACUUCUUGGACAUAAUGAAGGAGUUUAAAUCUCAAAGCAUCGACACUCCAGGGGUGAUCAGCCGUGUCUCUCAGCUCUUCAAAGGCCACCCAGAUUUGAUCAUGGGUUUCAACACCUUCCUGCCUCCCGGCUACAAAAUCGAAGUCCAGACCAACGACAUGGUGAACGUCACCACCCCGGGGCAGGUGCACCAAAUCCCAGCCCACGGUCUCCAGCCGCAGCCCCAGCCGCAGCCCCAGCACCCGUCUCAACCUUCGGCACAAUCUGCUCCCACCCCAGCGCAGCCAGCACCGCAGCCACCACCUGCCAAGAUCAGCAAGCCCUCCCAGCUACAGGCACACACGCCCACCAGCCAGCAGGCCCCUCCCGUCCCCUACGCGUCGCCUCGCUCUCCGCCGGUCCAGCCCCACACGCCCGUGACAAUCUCUCUGGGGACGACCCCGUCCCUGCAGAACAAUCAGCCCGUCGAGUUCAAUCACGCCAUCAACUACGUCAACAAGAUCAAGAACCGUUUCCAAGGGCAGCCGGACAUUUAUAAGGCUUUCUUGGAGAUCCUCCACACCUAUCAGAAAGAGCAGCGAAAUGCCAAGGAAGCCGGCGGGAACUACACCCCGGCGUUGACUGAACAGGAGGUCUAUGCCCAGGUGGCCCGCCUCUUUAAGAACCAGGAGGACUUGCUCUCCGAAUUUGGGCAGUUCUUGCCAGACGCAAACAGCUCGGUUCUUUUGAGCAAGACCACUGCCGAGAAAGUGGAGUCCGUGAGAAACGACCACGGAGGCACCAUUAAGAAGCCCCAGCUCAACAGCAAGCAGCAGAGGCCCAAUCAGAACGGCUGCCAAAUCCGGAGGCACGCCACCACGGGGGUGACCCCACCAGUGAAGAAGAAACCAAAGCUUAAUUUGAAGGACCCAUCCUUUGCAGAAGCUGGCAAACAUGGGACAGAGUCUCUGUUCUUUGACAAGGUCCGCAAGGCACUGCGCAGCACAGAGGCCUACGAGAAUUUCCUCCGCUGCCUCGUCAUUUUCAAUCAGGAGGUCAUUUCCCGAGCUGAGCUCGUACAGCUGGUUUCUCCAUUUCUGGGAAAAUUCCCCGAGUUGUUCACUUGGUUUAAAAACUUCCUGGGCUACAAAGAAUCCGCACAUCUGGAGAGCUUCCCGAAGGAGCGAGCUACCGAGGGGAUAGCGAUGGAGAUAGACUAUGCUUCGUGCAAACGGCUGGGCUCCAGCUACCGAGCCUUGCCUAAAAGUUACCAGCAGCCCAAAUGCACAGGCCGGACACCGUUGUGCAGGGAGGUUUUGAACGACACCUGGGUCUCCUUCCCAUCCUGGUCCGAAGAUUCCACGUUUGUGAGCUCAAAGAAGACUCAGUACGAAGAGCACAUCUACCGAUGCGAGGACGAACGGUUUGAACUGGAUGUGGUCUUGGAGACCAACCUAGCCACCAUCCGGGUCUUGGAAACGAUACAGAAGAAACUCUCCCGCUUAUCGGCGGAAGAGCAAGCCAAAUACCGUCUCGACAACACCUUGGGGGGCUCGUCCGAAGUCAUCCACCGCAAAGCUCUGCAGAGGAUAUACGCGGACAAAGCUGCCGACAUCAUCGAUGGCCUUCGGAAAAAUCCAGCCGUCGCCGUCCCCAUUGUGUUGAAAAGGUUGAAAAUGAAAGAAGAGGAAUGGCGGGAAGCCCAGAGGGGAUUCAACAAAGUGUGGCGGGAACAGAACGAGAAAUACUAUUUGAAAUCCCUGGAUCAUCAGGGCAUCAACUUCAAGCAGAACGACACCAAGGUCCUGCGAUCCAAGAGUCUUCUGAGUGAGAUUGAGACCAUUUAUGACGAGAGGCAAGAGCAAACAUCUGAAGACAACACCGGCCCUCACCUGUCCCUGGCUUACGAGGACAAGCAGAUUCUGGAAGACGCAGCCUCCCUGAUCAUCCACCACGUGAAGCGUCAGACGGGCAUCCAGAAAGAGGACAAGUACAAAAUCAAGCAGAUCAUGUACCACUUCAUCCCGGACCUCCUCUUCGCUCAGCGAGGGGAGCUCUCCGACCUGGAGGAGGAGGAAGAGGAGGAGAUGGACGUGGACGAGAACUCAGGGGCGGUGAAGAAGCACAACGGGGUGGGGGGCAACUCCCCCAAAGCCAAGCUGCUCUUCAGCAGCACCGCAGCUCAGAAGCUGCGCAGCCUGGACGAGGCCUACAACCUCUUCUACGUCAACAACAACUGGUACAUCUUCCUGCGCCUCCAUCAGAUCCUGUGCCUGCGGCUGUUGCGAAUCUACAGCCAGGCGGAGCGGCAGAUCGAGGUGGACAGCCGGGAGCGGGAGUGGGAGCGGGAAGUGCUGGGCGUGAAGCGAGAGAAGAGCGACACUCCAGCCAUCCAGCUGCGCUUGAAAGACCCCAUGGACAUCGAAGUGGAAGACUACUACCCUGCUUUCCUGGACAUGGUGCGGAAUCUCCUAGACGGCAACAUGGAUUCCUCCCAGUACGAGGACUCGCUGCGCGACAUGUUCACCAUUCACGCCUACAUUGCCUUCACCAUGGACAAGCUCAUCCAGAGUAUUGUCAGACAGCUCCAGCACAUAGUGAGUGAUGAAAUCUGCGUGCAGGUGACCGAGCUCUACUUGUCGGAGAGCCACAACGGUGCGACGGGAGGGCUGCUGACCUCACAGUCCUCUCGCUCCCUGGUGGAAACGGCCUAUCAGCGCAAAGCCGAGCAGUUGAUGCAGGAUGAGAACUGUUUCAAGAUGAUGUUCGUUCAGAGCCGAGGCCACGUUCAGUUAACCAUUGAACUGCUGGAUACAGAAGAGGAGAACUCUGACGAUCCUGUUGAGGCGGAGCGUUGGACAGAUUACGUGGAUCGCUAUGUCAACUCUGACUCCACGUCUCCGGAACUGCGGGAACAGCUGGCCCAGAAGCCAGUGUUUCUGCCCAGGAACCUGCGGCAGAUCCGUAAGUGCCAGAGAGGUCGGGAGCAGCAGGAGAAGGAUGGCAAAGAGGUGCUGGGCAAGAAGCCCCUGGAGAACGUGGAGAGUUUGGACAAGCUGGAGUGCAAGUUCAAGCUGAACUCCUACAAGAUGGUCUACGUGAUCAAGUCGGAAGAUUACAUGUACCGGAGGACGGCCCUGCUGCGCGCCCAUCAGUCCCACGAGCGAGUCAGCAAGAGGCUGCACCAGCGUUUCCAGGCCUGGGUGGAUCGGUGGACGAAAGAGCACGUCACCUGCGAGAUGGCGGCCGAGACCAGCCAGUGGCUCAUGGGGGAAGCCCUGGAGGGCCUGCUGCCCUGCACCACCACCUGCGAGGCCGAGGACUUGCAUUUUGUCAGCAUCAACAAAUACCGCGUGAAGUACAGCGCAACCUGUAAGACGCCCUAA